AUGAGUGCAAAGAAGCAGAAGUAUCUUGACGAAUAUAUUCGAUUUGGAUUCGUGUCCCUCCAUAAGGGGGAUACAGAGGCCCCCCAGCAUUCCUUGAAGCAAGCUAAGCUGGACGGCAGUGGAGCAUUUCAGCAACAGACUUCUAAGGUUGUUGAGGAUUCCUAUGAGAUCACCUUGAUGAUUGCAAAAAACAAGACGAGCCAUAACAUUGAAGAGUCUCUCAUAAAACCAAGCUUACUCUGUGAAGCAGAACUCGUCCUGGGGAUAGAUAGUGCAAACAAGCUCUCCCAAAUUUCUCUGCCAAACGAUACAGUCAAGAGAAGGAUCGAUGAAAUGUGUCAAGACAUCAAAGACUAA